AAACAGAUUUUUCUUCUUCGGGGAUCUAAAGGGUUAAUACCGCUGGUUAAUACCUAAUCCAUGACGUCAGACUCCAGAAGACAUCUCUGUGGUUGUGUGACACCUCUUCUGCCGGUCUAAUUUUACAUUCCAAAGUUUCCAUCAGGCCUUGCGCUCAUCCUGAAGUGUGUCCACUCGAGUCGCAGCCCUGCAUUUCAAAACAGAAGACGAGUAUUUCGCCAUGAACUCUGACAUGGAUGAUUUUCCAGGGGACAUAGAAAAUCAGGUGGAAUUGGAGGAGAAGACCAGACUUAUAAACCAGGUCCUUGAGUUGCAGAAUACUCUUGAGGAUCUCUCAGCUCGGGUGGAUGCAGUAAAAGAAGAAAAUCUGAAGUUAAAAUCAGAGAAUCAGGUUCUUGGGCAGUACAUUGAGAACCUCAUGUCAGCGUCUAGCGUGUUUCAAACCACCGACUCCAAAAGCAAACGGAAGUAAGAGAGCAUCCCUCUCUCCCAGACCCGCAGAUAAACCCUUUCACUAGACUUAUUUUAUCCCCAUGUCACUAAAAUGGUAAAUGUUUACAUUUCUUUUAUUUAUCAGUAUUCAUGUUUGUUUACAUUUCAUUUUCAAUGGCUUUGGUCAGUAUAUUACAUGCUAAAAAACCUUUGAGUUAGAUAUUAAGAUGAUGCUAAAUUAAAACUUUUUAGGUAUGUUGUUUUUGUAAUUUUUUAUGUUCAGACAGGGUAUGAUAUUAAUUUGUAAUAUUUUAAAUUGUCUUUAAAGUAUGUAUUUUGUAUUUCACAUUUUUGUUUUGUAGUUGAGAGUGCAGUUGUGAUGACAUGACAGUCGCUCUCUCCCGCUGAGCUGUUUGUCUGUAUCAGCACUGAUUAUACUCAAGUUGAGAGAAAACAUUUCAGGUCAUUCUGAUCAGGGAAUGAAAUUUAGACCCUUUUCUUGGUGCUAUCAACAGAAGGGAGUUCUCUGGCAUGCAUUACAUCUGUGCCUCUGAAUAUCUUAACAUAUGUGUUGUGUUUGUAUGUGUAGAAUAUUACCAUUGUGUGGCAUUGCAAAUGCCUGUUUUAAUUAAAAAAAAAGAAAAAAAAAAGUGCUAUGCUGUAAGCGAGUCCUUCUGUUUAGGUUCUUUAGGCCCCUGUGGUUGUUUGCUUCUAGUUCAGUCACCUCACUUCAUCUGGGAUUCAAAUCUACACAUAUUCCACCAGAGUUUGGAGGGCUAUAGUCUCUGGCACCCAUCUGCUCUCAUCAGAGAAGUGAGGAACUGAGUCUCAGAGUAGCAUUGUUAUCUACACACCACCUUCUCCUCCACCCUCGCUCUCAAUCGUGAAUCUGCAUCUGAAUGUGUGUCUUCGUCUUUCACAGGGUCACCAAAGGUGUUCGGAAGGACAAACAGUCUAGUGUUUAACUAUGCAGUAACCAAUAUGUUGGAGUGAUUACCUACAGCAAGCCCAAGAUUAAAACUGAAAUGUGUACAUUUCAGUUUCCCAGUUUGAUUCAUUUCUGUUAACUGAAAUAAA